AAACUAACUUUUGUCAAUUUCUCCACAUAACAGUUCGCUGUCUGACUGACAACUCGGAAAACCAAUGACAGGAUGUAAAAGUCUGUGUACACCGCCGUUACCAUAGUGACAGACCGACAUUCCAAAGGAGUGGAAAUCGGGGGGCGGGAGAGCAGUUUAAGCACGGGGAACUCAGCCUGUGAUUUUGGAGAGACAGAAUAACACCGGGAUGGGAAUACUACAGUAGCGAGCCUGUGCCAACUGAGGAAAAUCUCCCACCCCUGUGCUGCAUUUCGAAACCGCUACUCAUCUUUUAAUAGCAGCUUGACAGCAGGGCAGUUUGACACUAGACAGACGUUGGACGUGCCCCUGCGUACCCACUUGAUCAGAGCCUCGGGAUGUGUAAUGACUGAUUGAAACUCACUGAAUCCAAUGGACAAGAAGAAGUUCUCCGGCACAAUGUUCAGGCAAGUGGAUGCCUCGUCUAAAAGACGCCCGAGUGGUGGAAGCGGGCCGCCUCAGCCUCCCCCGGCGUCCUCCUCAAUCCAGCCGGGUCGAAUCCGGGCUGUGGAGGUGGCGAGAGGAAGAACGGGGUACGGCUUCACCCUGUCAGGCCAAGGCCCGUGCGUCCUUAGCUGCGUCCUAAAAGGCAGCCCUGCCGACUAUGUGGGCCUGCGUUCAGGAGACCACAUUCUGUCCGUCAAUGACAUUAAUGUCUCCAAGGCGUCGCAUGAAGACGUGGUCAAACUGAUUGGACGCUGCUCUGGCGUCUUGAAGCUGGUCAUCGCUGAGGGAGAACGUCACAGGCGGCACCACCACCAUCAACGCACAACUUUAAGUCGGCACCAGAGCAGCAACGCGAUGGCGGCGUCGUACCUGGACUCGUGCUCGAGUGACGAUGAGUUGGAUGGUUUCUAUGACAACGGUGUUAACAACAACAAUAACAGCAGGCCAGGCUGUGGAGCCCGUGGGGGGUGGUCCAAACCCAAACUGGACUCUAAGCAGCUGGGCAUCAACAGGGCAGAGAAGGUUGUGGCAGAGCUGCAGUCUGGGGGAAUUUUCAACAUGAUCUUUGAGAACUCCAGCCAGUCCUCCAGCAGCUCAGACAAGGACAGACCCGGGCCCAGCUCAUCAUCAAAGCCACGUCCGCGGUCCAACCCAGAGUUCCCUCCGUACCGCAACGCCUCCUGUUCCCAGAGCAACCCCAACCUGCUCUCUGAGGAGGAGAUGGCCCAAGUUCUGAAUGACGACUCGGUCUUCCUGGACGCAGACGUCCGUCAUCUCCACCUACAACAGCAACAGCAGGACCUAGAUGUGGGCGAUGGGGGCGACUUGGGCCUCGAGCACAGCGAGGGCAUCCUCAACGUGGGCAUGAUUGUUGGCUAUCUGGGCUCCAUCGAGCUGGCUUCCAUCGGGACGAGCUUAGAGAGCGACAGCCUGCAGGCCAUCAGAUGCAGCAUGAGGCGCCUCCGGGCCGAGCAAAAGAUCCACUCGUUGGUUCUAAUGAAGGUGAUGCACGACAGCGUGCGUCUUUGCAGUGACAGAGGUCAGGUUCUGGCCACCUAUCCUGCGGAGAAACUAGCCUUCAGCGCCUGUUGUCCUGAUGACCGGCGAUUCUUUGGACUCGUCACGAUGCAGGCCACCGACGACCACGACGACCGCCACUUCAGCAAUGGUCGAGAUGAAGAGGGCAGUUUGAGGACUUCCUGUCACGUGUUCAUUGUGGACCCAGAUCUCUGUCCCCACCAGGUCCACUUAGGUGUGGCGAGGAGGUUUGGCUUUGAGUGCACCCCGGACCCAGACACAGGAGACUGCCUGGAGUUCCCUCCCAGUUCUCAACCUCUCCUCCAGUUUGUGUCCAUCCUCUACCGGGACAUGGGGGACAACAUAGAGGGGGUGCGUGCCCGGGCCUUCCACGACCCGGACAACGACGCCCAGCAGAACCACAGCACCAGCAGCAACAGCGACAGCGGGAUCGGCAACUUCUUACCAGAAGAGAAAAGCAACAGAGUGCUUUUAGUAGAUAUCGGGGGUCCUCCGAACCACAACCACGUCUCUGGGCCACGCCACUGGGACAGCCCGCCUUCGUCCCAGCAGGCCUGGAGCCCCACCCUCGGGGCCGCGGCCCCUCACCCAACUCCCCCUCCUCUGCCAGCUCUUAGGAAUGGCCACUACCGUCACGAGCCGCACCUGGCGGACCUCCCUCACCCCGACGUCCCCGGCAGGCACUCUCGAGGAGUCCACGCACACCACUACUCACCGGGCAAACGGGGAGGAGCUGUGGGGGGAGGAGAAAAGAGAGGGGGCGGCGGAGCAGGCGCAGGGGUGGAGCCGCAGCGGUGGCUUCCAGUCCAUGUGCUGAGGGACUGGCGUCAGCAGCACCACCAGAACCACCUCCAGGGCCUGAGCAGCGACCAGGAGUCCUACGCCGAAUCCACCGACGGAUGGUCAUCGGCCAACUGCAGCACCCUGCCUCCACCCAUGAGUAAGAUCCCGGCCGACCGCUACCGGGCCCCACUGGCCCCAGGGGACCACCUGCCACCACCACCACCGCCUCCACAUCCCCACUCCCACGCCCACCGGCUGGCCGUCCAGAAAGAUGAAUGGGCGAAGAAGCUGUUCGGUGCCGGGGAGCGAGCUGGAGCACAAAGAGGAGAGCGAGAGAAGAAACGAGGGAACGCCAGAGAGGGAGAGAAAAAGGGUGGACGGUUCAGAGGUCUGACUAUGGGCUUUCCUCCUCUCCCCCAGCGCUCCCCAGCCAGACGCUCCUUUGGACGCUCCAAACGUCUCAGCCUGGCCCGCUCCCUGGAUGACCUGCAGUCCACCGCAGUCUCCGAUGGAGAACUCAACAGCGGGGAGCUGCAGGGCUGCAGCAGCGACAACAGUCUGAACAGCAAUGCCAGCCUGCCCAGCGUUCAGAGCCACCGGCGCCACACCGAGAGGAGAGUGGCCAGCUGGGCCGUCUGCUUCGAGAGGCUGCUGCAGGACCCGGUGGGAGUCCGCUACUUCUCGGAGUUCCUCAAGAAGGAGUUCAGUGAGGAGAACAUCCUGUUCUGGCAGGCCUGUGAGUUCUUCAGCCAAGUCCCUGAGAAUGACAAGAAGCAGCUCUCUCAGCGUGCCAGGGAGAUCUACAACAGUUUCCUGUCCAGCAAGGCCACAACGCCGGUCAACAUAGACAGUCAAGCUCAGCUCGCCGACGACAUACUCAACGCACCCCGACCCGACAUGUUUAAGGAGCAGCAACUGCAGAUCUUCAACCUGAUGAAGUUCGACAGCUACACUCGGUUCCUCAAGUCUCUGCUGUACCAGGAGUGCAUGCUGGCAGAGGUGGAGGGUAGGCCACUGCCUGACCCUUACCACAUCCCCAGCAGCCCCACCUCCAAACACAGCACCACUGGCUCUGACCGCUCCAAUCUCUCCACUCCCAAGAAGGAGGACAAAAAGAGCAAGUCGGGCAGGUCUUUAAAUGACGACAGUCGGGAGGACUCGGGGGAUCGGAGGAAAGGCAUGUUUUUCUCCUGGUCUCGCAACAGGAGCUUUGGGAAAGGCCCGAAGAAACGAGAACUGACCGACUUCAACUACAAUUUCUCUGGCAGCAACGGUCGCCGUGAAUCCCAGGGUUCGUUGUCUUCAGGCGCCAGUCUGGAGCUGGGGACGUCCGGGUUAGGGAAGAAUGAGGGUGACGUUUCUCGUGGCGCAGUACCGGUGUCCACAGAGUGCGGAGGGGGCAGCGCCCCCUUGAGGCAGUGUAACAUCAGUUUGCCGGAUGGCUCAUGCUGCUCUGUGCCUCUGAGGGCCGGAGUGUCCAUCAGGGACCUGCUGCUGGGCCUCUGUGAGAAGCUCCGCAUCAACCUGGCAGCUAUAGAUCUAUUCCUGGUUGGUGGGGAGAAGCCACUUGUUUUAGAUCAAGACUGUAUGACAUUGUGCUCUCGUGACCUCCGACUAGAGAAACGCACUCUCUUCAGACUUGACUUAGUCCCUAUUAACCGCUCGGUGGGCUUAAAAGCAAAGCCCACAAAGCCGGUGACCGAGGUCCUGAGGCCUGUGGUGGCCAAAUACGGCCUGCACCUCGCUGACUUGGUGGCGCGCAUUAGCGGGGAGUUCGAGCCAUUAGAUCUAGGUCUUCCCAUAUCUAACCUGGAUGGGCUGCGAGUGGUAUUAGAUAUUGCAGAAAACGCUCCUGGAAAAGACAAAAUGAAAACAGCUCCUUCUAAGGGCAUCGCCCCGGCCUCGACGGGCAGAAACCAAUCGACAACAGGGGAGAACAGGCCGUCAGGGAAAGCCGGUUCAGACCACCCCCAUGGGGAGAACGGCAAGACCGGGCCCAGCCCCGGCGCAAGCAGCAAGCCUUUACCCAACCACUCUGUCUCUCUCCAUAAGGCUCCGGAGAAAAGAAAGCAGAAAAAGAUUAAUAUAGAUGAAGCUGAAGAGUUCUUCGACCUAAUAUCCAAAGCUCAGAGCAACCGAGCGGAUGACCAGCGGGGCCUGCUAAACAAAAGCAACCUGCAGCUCCCAGACUUUCUGCGCCUGUCGCCAGUGGCGACCAACCGGGCUGUACCUCCUCCCUACGUCGCUGAGCCCAGUUGCUCCACCCCUUAUUCCGGUAACCCCAACCAUGGCAGCUUCCCUAGCAGCGGCCGCCAGAGCAAUAAGGUGAACAUCAAUGACAGGGGAGGCGGCACCUAUUUGCUGAAUGCCAGCCAUCAGUCCCAGAGCUUGGACUCUGCCUUGGGAGCUGAGAAGGGAGGGGCGAGGAAAGCCGGACCCCCUCCUCCGUUCCCUGGCACCGUCUCCCCCAUCCACCCGACCCAGGGUGCCCAGCGUGGUCUCCUUCAGGACUCUUGCAGGGGAGAGUCGAUCCAGAUGUUGGAGGAGGACACGCUGUCUGAUCUGACUCUUGUGGGAGAAGGGGACAUAGACAGCCCCAGCCUCAACUACGUCACUCCCUCAGCCCUACAGUGCAAAUCCCACCCCCACUCCCAGCCCCGAACCCAACUACAAGCACAGGGCGGUCCGCCUAGCUCAGGUACUUUCCCUGUGUGAACUCUGCACCUCUUCCUUCAUCUGACUGUAAGCUGGACUGGAGACGCAAUAAAGUCAGUUUGAAGUUCCUUGUUGGUCACAGUCGGCCCAGAAUGCAUCCACAUCUCCUCCUUUAGUUUCACCAACCACUCUAUGCUGACCGAUUCAAAUUACAGAGCACUUCAUUUCAGAAGUGUAAACUCUACAGUAAUAAAGGUAACCCGGAUGAGUUCUCGUCACGUGUCGCAGAAAUUAGUGUUAAUUUAGUCAGAAAAUGGAACAUAGUGAUACACGCACUGUCUUCAACAGUCAAGGCGGCCUUUAUGUAAACUAGGUCAGACACAUAAAGAGAGGAACUGAAUGGAUGCAUUAGGCUUGAACAGAACUUGUCCAGACAUUUCCCUGUGUGGUUUGUAUCUGUGUGAAGGUUUGAGCGCUGUGUAAUUACUUCCUAGAGGCGUUAGCUCAUCGACCAGUGCCAACUCCCCCUCUCCGCCCCCCCCCCCCCCCCUCCAGUGUACAGAAUCUAACCAAGCACUUUAGCCAAUUACAAACUUGACACAUCUUUACAGAUCUAAAAGUUUUUUUUUUCAUAUUACUUUAACCUUCCACAGUACAGGUGUUUAAUCUGUUCAUUUAUGUAUUCGCUAACAAUCCCUAACUAAUCCACGGUGGUAUUGACCCAUACACAUAUUUUUUACAACUUCUUACAUGCUUUUGAGCACACUGCAUGCCAACGCCGUGGGUCAGACACCAUAGAUACAAACAUAUGCUGCAGUAGCUCCAACGCACACAUUUGCUCAGCUGUUGCUUUGUCGACUUGAUCACAGUACGUGCUGUGUUUCCACCACUGUUCCCUCACCUCAGGCAUUUCUCGUGUCACCCAUGGAAUCAGAGUGCAGCGCACACAGGCAAACUCGCUCUUCGGCAAAAUGAUCCAGGAUUGUCUGUUUUUCCCUUCUUUGGCUCAGCUUUUCCACGUUGCGCUGCGUCACGCGGCAUCACCGGUCUUUUUGUUCAAUUCCUUCCCUGUUCAAGAAAUUCAACAGUGUUCUGAACCGUCUUUCCUUGCAAGGAUAAAUUGGACCAGCAGUGUCAAACCGUUUCACUUUUUAAAGGUUUCCCUCCUACUUCAUCAAGAAGACAUUAAUUUAUCCCUCAUCCUUUUCAUUUUUACAAUCUUAUCAGUUAGAAGGAUUGAUUUGUAUAUAGUCAACUUUGUGAAAACCCUGUCUUGCUGUAGUCAUCGUUGAGUUACAAUAUAGACAUGCUGAUUCUUCAGUUGUGCCACAAUGGAAAUCAAUUAUCCUCUCUUCUCAUCAGUUGACUGUACUGUCUGUAAAUAGAUCAAAUAAAUGUUUUAAAGAAGGA